GCUCGCAUCGUCAGUUUUCGUGUGCGUAAUCGUGUUCGCGAGAAUCAUAUAUAUCGGCCGCAAGAAGAAUUUAAGUCGCGCAAACGGCACGACCUGGUACGCGCGAGACAACAGCAAUGAGCUGGCACAAAUUGCUGCUUCAACAUUGGCUCAACGCGAGGCAACGUCAGCAUGGUGCAAAACACACAACGAAAAAACGCGAUCCUCGAUCCCGUUGAUUUAUUAUUCGAUCGACGAAGCGUAUGUGCGAACGAUGGGAGCCCGUUUUGCGUCUUCGAUUUGAUAUAUUAUAGCACCGAUUAGUGGAAAACGUAGAUUGUAUAAUUUCUGCAAAAGUGGAAACACCGCAGUUGCACUGUCAAGACACCAACAAUACUUGCAAGAAAUAUAGGUCUUAAAGAAUUCAAGUGCUGCGACAGUGCAGAAGGGCUCUAUGUGCUCCACCAAGACUUGGGCGAAUGGUACAUUAAUUUCCGAGAGCUUGCUACUGUGGUAUCGUGAGAAGUGCAUCCAGACAGUGUAUAAUCCAGGAAUACAGCAAUAUGCUCAACGAAAUCAAGGCGGCGGUGGUGUUCCUAGUAAACCUGAUCGAAAAAAGCGAAAAAUUUAGUCCCGAUCAAUUGGAAUGCUUCAAGCGGCAUCUGGUUGAAUUGCUAACGGAACGUUUUAAGAACCAUUGGUUUCCGGACAAGCCGUUCAAGGGCCAGGGAUAUCGUUGCAUACGCGUAAAUGGCCACAAUCGUCGGGACGCUACCUUAGAGAGCGCCGCGAACGCCGCUGGAGUCAAAUAUGAGGAUCUAAAACUGCCGGUUGAGUUAACAAUAUGGGUUGAUCCCAAUGAGGUCUGUUGCCGAUUUGGCGAAAGCAAGGGUUCGUACUGUACGCUGGCGUCUUUUGACGACAAGGAGAACACCUUACCUAUUUUUCAAAACGAACAAAACGAAAAUACAGACAAAGGGAACAAACAAGCUCAUAUGGGGCCUACCAAGAUACAGAAAUCCCCUUUAACCGCUAAUACAGAACAACAGCAGUCGAAAUCAAAACCAUUAAGCACCGCUAAUCAAAAUCAACAGUAUAGCAGUAAUACAAGUACAGGUAGAAGGCGUAAUUUGAACAGUCCUAGACUGCAUGUGAACCGAAACCGUUCAUGGUUCGGUCACUCCUUUAGCAUGGGUUAUGGUCCUCAUCCAAUCAGCCAAACCUGGUAUAACAUAAUGCCACCGCAUUUUCUCGGCGGUCCUUCCCCACCACCGUUCAUGGGACAUCGAGGAAAUAAGUGGAUGCAUCCGCCCUCUUACCCCGCAGGACCUGCUCGUUUUCAUCACUGGUCUCCCAAAGCUGCUCUUAAGGUAUAAAAACAUCGCUAAAACAAAAAACAAAAAAAAAAAAAAAGAAAAACAAAAACAAACAGUUAAGAAACCUGUUUCUUCUUCAAGAAAAAAUCGACAAACGAAGAAGCUAAGUAAUCGAAGCUUGUUUCGUGAAAAAUGCACAUUGUUGCUUUAGCUCAAGAUAAAAUCAUUACAAUUGUACAUUCAUAUAGAAACAAAAUUUUCAUAUGGUUAAUGAAUUGUAUAUUUUUAAAAAUAUUUUCGACAUAUAUAUAUUGCGU